AUGAAGAACUGCGAGCUGUGCCAGCUUCCUGCAAGAACCUAUUGCGAAUCGGACCAGGCGAUUUUGUGCUGGGACUGCGACGCCAAGGUUCACGGUGCCAAUUUCUUGGUGGCGAGGCACUCUAGGAGCCUCCUCUGCCACGCGUGCCAGUCUCCGACGCCUUGGAAGGCCUCCGGUGAAAAGCUCGGCCAUACGUUUUCCGUGUGCGAGAGCUGUGUGGUCAGAGAUGAAAGCAGAGACGAAGACGAAGACGAAGAGAGCCAAGGCGGCAAUGAUAAUGAAUAUGACUCCGAUAACGAUCCAGAUGAUGAUGAUGAUGAUGAUUUUGAUGAGGACGGAGAUAAUCAGGUGGUGCCGUGGUCUUCGACGACCCCGCCUCCACCGUCGCCGAGCUCAUCGAGCAGCGAAGAGGCUGCGAGUGCGUUAAACAAUGGCGAUACAGAAGGUCCCAAAACGGCCACCACCGUUUCGUUGAAGCGAAUCAGAGAAACGGCUUCGGAUCUUCGCUCUCAGGACGAUCUCGACCGUUCAUCUUCUCGACGGAGGUACGGCUCAGUUUCGGCAGCUCAAGCGAGUCGGCCCGAACCCGACGGCGGAGCCACUUCGUUUGACUCCUCGCGACCACGAACAGACCGGAGAAUCGAUCUAAACGGGCCGGGUUCGCCGUCCGAACCCGUUAUUGAGUCGAAGAUGAUAUAUCGCCGGGAAGAUAGCCUUCGAUCUUGA